AAUAUAUUUAAGUAACCAAGAAAAACUGUCCGAACCACGGUCGUUUAUUCACGUCAACGAGAAAAAAUGGGUGUAUGUGUCUAGUAGUAAGCAGGUUUGUAGUAUGUAAAAAGACCCCAGUGAAUGUUGUUAAACAGAACCAAACACACUUCAGGCUUUAUUCGCGGGUGAACCUGCGGGUUCACGUCACUUUGAUUUCUCCAAGGAAGAGGAAUAUCAAAAAGAGAUCAGCGGGACUAUCAACGAUGGCAUUUACGGCGGUGUGGAACUACUGCGCUCCCUUGUCUGUCAUCACUUUGCUAUCUCUUGUGGGGACAGCGCGUUGCCAGGCGGUGCAGGCUGAGAAUGUGACAGUGUUGGAGGGAGGCACGGCCGAGAUCUCCUGUCGUCUGCAGAAAUAUGACGGCUCCAUCGUGGUCAUCCAGAACCCUCGCAGACAGACCCUCUUCUUCAACGGCACACGAGCGUUGAAGGAUGACCGUUUCCAGAUGGUUCUCUUCACUCCCCGCCUGGUGCGCAUCACCCUCACCAACGUGAGCGUGUCGGACGAGGGCGGCUACUUCUGCCAGCUCUACACCGACGACACCCACCACCAAGUGGCCACGCUGUCCGUGUCCGUCCCUCCCGACACCCCCACGGUGGAGGUGAAGCAGGAGGCCGUGGAGGGGGGCGAGGUGGAGCUCACCUGCCUGUCGCCGCGCAGCAAGCCCCCCGCCACGCUGCGCUGGAUCAGGGACCGCCGGGAGAUACCAGGUGUGGUGUCCCAGCAGGAAAAUGGGAAGACAGUGAGUGUGUCCAGCACCAUCCGUCUCCCUGUGGAGAGGAGAGACAACGGGGCAGCGGUCAGCUGUGAGGCAUCCCACCCCGCCCUGGGGGGGCAGAAGAGGGUCCGCCACUACCGCCUCGACGUCCACUUUGCCCCCACAGUGAGGAUCAUCCCUCCCCCUGGCAUCCUCCGAGAGGGAGACUCUCUCAGCCUCACCUGCUCCAUCACUGGCAACCCACUGCCUAGAGAUGUCCAGUGGACUAGGAUUAAUGACACCUUACCUGAGAGGGCGGAGAUCUCUGGCCCCACCUUCCAGGUGUCCCGUCUCAGCCAAUCACACAACGGGACCUACCUGUGUCAGGCGCAGAACAACUACGGCCGUGCCGCUGACCACUACACGCUGCUGGUGUACGACCCCGGUGCAGUGAUUGAGACCCACAGUGCAGUACCGUAUGCUGUGAUAGGUGGCAUCCUGGCUCUGCUGGUCUUCACCGUCAUCUGUGUUCUUAUCGUCACCAUCUGGUGCUCUGUCCGACAGAAAGGUUCAUAUCUUACCCAUGAGGCCAGUGGGCUGGAUGAGCACGGGGAGGUCCAGGAGGCUUUCCUCAACGGGAAUGAUGCCAGUCAGGGCAAGAAGGAGUACCUACUGUAGCCUCCAUCCCCAAAACCCACACCCCUCCCCCAACACGCCAUGACGGGUGGCCUUCUGAAUCUACUGUAAUACUACUGCACACAGACCACAACACAGACCACAACACAGACCACAACAGAGACUGAAAGAGAGACGAUCCGUCCAGCCCUUACAUUACAACUGUGCCAUACUGUAGAUGUACUGGAGGAAGGAGUGAGGGAGGGAGCGAGGGAGGGAGGAUGGCAGAGAUAGGGGAAAGUGAUAAUAGGGUCAUUAUUUUGAUAGAGAGAAGAGAUAACAAGAAAGAAAGCCUCAGCACUUUCCUUCCCUGUGGUAAUUGGAGAGGGAGGGAGAGAGAGAGAGGAAAGAGAAAAAAACUUCAAUUUCCAAAAUGUUCAAUCCAUAACUGGCACAGACAAACAAGUGGGGUGGGUAUGGUUUCCAGAAGCUAUUGAGUUUGAAUGCUCAAUUUGAUUACUUGAAAUUGCCAAAGCACAUCAGCCCACAGAGAGCAGCUCAUCUAUAAUUAUUUGACAACAUUGCAGAGUGUUACCCUGAAAGUCUCUUAAAGUAUUUCUGAACUAUUCAGUCAAUUCUGCAGACGACCCAGGUAUUGUAUUUGCCGUCCGUUCUGGGGAGUCUGACAAUGUUUUCUGGGUAAUUUAGAAACCUUCCUGUUAUGAAUGACUGCUUUCCUCGCAGAACAGAACUGUUGUUUCUCUUCUUUGAAUUCUCUCUCUUUCUCCCUCCCUCUCUAUUCACCUCUCUUUCUCAUCCUCUUCUUCUACCUUGUUCCCUCCCUCCCUCCAUCUCUCUCUUUCUCCCUCCCUCCCUCUCUAUUCACCUCUCUUUCUCGUCCUCUUCUUCUCCCUUGUUCCCUCCUUCCCUCCCUCUCUCUGUCUUUAUCUCUCCUCUAUUGUUGGCCAAUAAAGAAAGGAUUAGUGCCAGUCUCCUUUCGUGAGUUAGAAGAAAGGGAACAUAAGUUGACGAGACACAAGGAAAAUCAUAAUUAUUUUAAAAUGCCCUUAAAGGGAUAACAUUUUUAAAAUGUCUUAUAGAGGGGAAAAAACGAGUGAAAGGAAAGUAAUGAAUAAAGAAAAAUACAUGAUGGAUAUUUUUCUGAAUGCCAUGCACACACACACACACACACACACACACACACACACACACACACACACACACACACACACACACACACACACACAAACAUCUCUGAAUUCUUUAUUUGUAUAAAAAUGUAAACAGUAAGAUAACUUAAAUGAAUCUUUUAAGAAAUUGAGAAAACAAACAGUUGACUAUUGAAAGCAUUAUGAAGCUACUAUACUAACACAUUAUUAGCCUAGAGGUACAAAAACAAACAAACUAGUGUCCAGUGAUCAAAAAAGAAAAUAUGAAGAAAAAAAAUGUUUCAUUUGUCUUUAUGAAAUACCUGAGGUCUUAUUGAUUUUUUAUUAAUUCUUGUUAUUAUUAUUACUGUUAUGAUUGUUAUUAUUAUUACUGUUAUGAUUAUUGUAAAUGUUAUAACUGUACACCUCCCAUGUUUGUUGUUUUUGGUUAUUCUAUAGAAACUGCUGUCUUUCCACUUCUCUCUGACUCUGUCUCUCUAGUUCUCUCUAGUUCUUUCUAUCUUUUUCUCCUGUGUCUAUUUGUCUCUUCUUCUCGUCUUUCACUACUGUUUAUUUUAUAGUCAUGUUGAUAUAGCUAACUAUUUCUUUAUAGGGGAAAGAUACAAAGCACGACAAAAUAAAAAAAAUACUUCAAAAAUAA